CCCGCCCCGCCCCGGGUCCACGUGGGCAGCGGGCCAGCGAGGCUGGCGCGGCGCGCACGCCCAGGCUGGGAGCAGGAAGUGGCCUCGCGGGCGCGGCCCCGCAGGUGCGGCGCAGGUGGCCCGGGCCGGCGGCCGGUGCGGAGGACCAGGGCCUCUCUGAAGCGGUCAAGGAUCCUGCACAUGGCACUGAUGGGGACUUCCGACCCCUCCGCAGAGGCAGAGGCCAGCCAGGAGAAACCCUUUGUGCUGCGGGCACUGCAGAUCGCACUGGUGGUCUCUCUCUACUGGGUCACGUCCAUCUCCAUGGUGUUCCUUAACAAGUACCUGCUGGAUAGCCCCUCCCUGCGGCUGGACACCCCCAUCUUCGUCACCUUCUACCAGUGCCUGGUGACCUCGCUGCUGUGCAGGGCCCUCAGCUCGCUGGCCACCUGCUGUCCUGGCACCGUGGACUUCCCCGCCCUGCGCCUGGACCUCAGGGUGGCCCGCAGCGUCCUGCCCCUGUCGGUGGUCUUCAUUGGCAUGAUCACCUUCAAUAACCUCUGCCUCAAGUAUGUGGGUGUGGCCUUCUACAACGUGGGCCGCUCGCUCACCACGGUCUUCAAUGUGCUGCUCUCCUACCUGCUGCUCAAGCAAACCACCUCCUUCUAUGCCUUGCUCACCUGUGGCAUCAUCAUCGGUGGCUUCUGGCUUGGCGUGGACCAGGAGGGCGCAGAGGGUACCCUGUCUUGGACGGGCACGCUCUUUGGCGUGCUCGCCAGCCUCUGUGUCUCGCUCAACGCCAUCUACACCAAGAAGGUGCUCCCCGCAGUGGACGGCAGCAUCUGGCGCCUGACCUUCUACAACAACGUCAAUGCCUGCGUCCUCUUUCUGCCGCUGCUCCUGCUGCUGGGGGAGCUCCGGGCCCUCUACAGCUUCCCCCAGCUGGGCAGCGCCCACUUCUGGGGCGUGAUGACGCUGGGCGGCCUGUGUGGCUUCGCCAUCGGCUAUGUGACAGGACUACAGAUCAAGUUCACCAGUCCCCUGACCCACAACGUGUCCGGCACGGCCAAAGCCUGUGCCCAGACGGUGCUGGCCGUCCUCCACUACGAGGAGACCAAGAGCUUGCUCUGGUGGACGAGCAACAUGCUGGUGCUGGGCGGCUCCUCCGCCUACACCUGGGUCCGGGGCUGGGAGAUGCGGAGGCUUCAGGAGGAGCCCCGCCCCAAGGGGGACGAGAAGGGUAACAUGGAGGUGUGAGCUGCUCCGGAGACCCUGGGAUGGCCCGGCCCGGCCCAGGGAGGAUGCCCUGGACGCAGGGAAGGCGUCUCUGCACCCAGAGACAGUGGCCUUGCAGACCUGACGGUGAUCUGCUGGUUGAAAUGGAACCCGUGUUUCCAAGUGACGUCAGAAAGUUGCCAAACCUGUCUCAACCCCCUUUCCUAUUCCUGGGUGUUUGUCCUCCCCUAGGGAGAAGGGGCCCCCAUGGGAAGAGCCAGUUAGGUUCUCUGGAAGAGCGCCAGGUCUCCGGGAGGAGGAGGAGAGGGGCAGCGCCCCUUCCUGUCCCCCUUCCAGGGCCUUCUACCUCCACAUGACCUUUGGGGUUGGGGACAGGCCACAACCUUUAAGGGACAGUAUUGGCGAAGCCAUUAAGUCUUCACUUGGCCUCAGGGGAGAUGGGGGUGUGACCCCACCACAGGCUUCGGUUUGGGGGAACCUCACACCUCUGUGCCCGGGGCAGGCAGCACAGCCUUGGCCCCCAAACCGGCCUGCCUUUGGAGGAAAGCGUGGGCUGGGCUGAGGGCGGAAGUGGACAGACAUUCCCUCUUCUCUGCACUGAGACCAGCAGGCCCCGUGGAGGGGGCGGAGGAUCCGCAGCCCCAGCCUGGCCCUGGCCGCUGCAGGGGCUGCUGGGAGUGCGCCGCAUCAGGGAACGCGCCCUUUUCCCGCUGCCGUCCGCACCCCGUGCUUCCGCUGUUUGAACGGUGGAACGACCUGUCUUUUACGGGUGGAGCAGGGUCAUCACCACCCUCCUCCUGUGCCCGACACCAGUUUUGCCUGCAUCACUCCCUGCCCCUGAGGGGCAGGUACAACGGCCUCCCAGAGGCGGAGCCAGGGGGCUGCUUUGGCUUCUCCCAGCUCUGCCUCCCACCUCAGCUGUGCUGGGCCCCCCAGGUUCCAGGUCCUUGUGGGGCAGAUGUUGUAACCCGAUCUUGGUGAAGGUGUUACACCAAGGAUUACAAACGUCCCUGAGUUUAGGGCGGAAAGAUCCUUCCCUUCCCGUCACCACACCCUCCAGGCCUCAGGGUGGCUUUUGCAACUCCUGUCCCUUCUGUUGGGUGUUUUGCUCCACCCAGCUCCUCGGGUAACGCCUGAUGUUUUCAGUCCCUGUAACAAAAGGCUGGGGAGAGUGGGUCUUCUCACGACCACUCUCUUCCAGUCCCCCAUGACCCCAGGUGGUUUCUAAUGAAGUUGGUAGGGCCCGAUGUGCUGAAUUAUGUGUGAUUUAAUUAAAAUCUGAGUAAGACA